CAGAGCGAGUGUUCGCAAACUUCAAGUAAGAAGACACCAUCUGAUACUACCUGCAACCAUCCAAGUAAAACGGAUUUCGGUCUUGAAAUGAAUGGCUCUGUAAGAGAGUCUUUAAAGACUUUACCAAAAAUCAUAGCUGGGUUUCUUUCAAUCAACAACUCAGGUCAAGAGUACAUCACAUUUACUCUUAAAGACUGCAUCAAGAGUCAAGACUGUAGAGUUUAUACUAUGCUGGACAAGAAGAAAGAAAACACAAUGACUCUUUGUAUAGUCGUAAACGAGACAAAUAAUUGCUUUGUUUCCACCUGUACGUGCCCAAACAGUCGUACACGUCGAGGAGUCAGUUCCCAUUUACUUACUCCAAAUCCUUCAUCAGUACCUCAAGAAGCCACGUGUAAAUUGGAGCUCAUUUUAAGUGAAAAUAUUUCGGACAACCUUCAUGGAAAUAUGACAAAUCUAAGAGAUGACAGAUCUGAAAAUCCAAUGGACUGUACUACUCAUCAAUUCGAAACCAAGUUAAACACUUUGCAAAAUAUAAGUAAGCAAAGUAAGCUAACAGCAGACGGUAAUAACAAUUGGGUUUACAUUUUAUUCAUCGGAUUUGGCGUAGGCGCUUUUAUUGGAAGUUUGGUAACCUUUCUUUGGUUUAAAAGGAAAGCCUCUAUGCCGAAAACCCUAUCAGUGGUAAAUGCAGUAUAUAAGAGCGAAAUCUGUGGAGAUGAGAACUUGUAUUUACAAAACUUCACGGAAUACUCAGAAAUACCAGAUUGUAUGAUUAAGAUCAGUUCGGAGGAACAGAAAGACCCUUUACACGAAGCUCGAGGCAGUCCUAAGCAUGAUACUCAAACAAAAUGCAAUGCACCUCCUACUCUUGUCGUUCACGACCAUACAUUUGAACAGAGCUUUCAGAAGGAAGACAAAGAUCGAAGGGAACAAACAAACGACAAGGGACUGGCGAAAAUACAAGGUUUAGUUUCCUCGAGGAGCUCAGUUAAUUCUGAUAUUCAACAAGAAAAAGAAUGUUAUAUUAACAACGGAAUUGAAAAGGAUACUUAUGAGAUUCCUUCAAAUAGGACCGAUGUCACAUAUAGUCCUGAUACGUGUAAAGAUUAUCCAAGGGAAAAAAACGACGAGGAUUUAUCUACUAAAGACGAAGAGGACAAAACAGUGGAAAAAGAUAAAGUACGGAUGGAAAAUCUCAAUAGUAAUGCUACUUACUUUGUGUUGAGUGCAGAUGGGAAUAAGACAAUUUUACAUUGACAA